CGACGACGACCACCACCACGACUAACAACAAACCCUUCAUCACCACCCACCAUGAAUAAAUCCUGGCCACCAUUCAGCAACAGCGUAUCUUCCUCCAUGUGUAUGGAUGUUUUUUAUACGAAAUGUCAGUCUUUAAGGGCAAAGGAACUGUAUAGACAUGAGGAAAUGUUAACCAUUCUAUGUCUUUGUGGUCUUAGUGCGGAGGAUGACCCUCUCCGAAUUAUGAUUCUUGAUAUGAUUCCAUUACCUUGUCUUAGUAAAGUUGAGGGUAUUGCUGAUGACUACGACCGUCUACAAAACAUGGGGAUCCAAUCUAAGUCAUGGCCUGAAGUUUAUCAACAACAACAAGUAAUUCGUGGACAUGGAAAAUGCGGUAAUGGAUGCACUUAUUGUGGACAUACCAAUCACGAUGUCUCUACAUGUUACAAGUUUCGUGAAUACCUUGUUCUUAAAUCUGCUCGCUUAUAUGACUAUGAGUCCAUUUCGUUCCCUUUCUCUGUUUACUUUUCGUUGUACUUUUUUGUUACGGGGGACAUAAUGGAGUUAAACAUCGUAUCUUUCAGUGAUUGAAGAUUUUUCUUAAUUAUGAAAUGGAUGGGUUUAUAACUCUAUUUUACAUA